GGGGGGGGGGCGGGGUGCCUGUAGGAGGGAGGUGCCAGGCAGGCUUCCCAGAGGAUAGAGCCAUCUCGGGAGCUGAAGAAUCUUCCGGAAGUCCAACCUGCCCAACCUCUGCAGGUCUCUGUUGGACUGGGACCCAGCUCGCCCACCCCACCCCUCCCCAAGUGCCUGCACAAGAAACCCCUUUCUUUCUGUCCCCCUCCUGAUCCUCGCCUUCCUCCUCCUCCUCCUCCCCCGCCCCUCCCCCCACCUGUGGGCCAGGCCACCUGAAGUGCCCGGCGCGUCCCACCCUCGCUGCCCACCGCGGUAGGAGGCAGGCAGCGUGGCCAUGUGCCGCCCGGUCAGCGUGCGGUACGGGGACGAGGGCGUGUCCUACCUCCGCGCGUCCUGGAGGUAUCAGCUUCGACAUGGCGGCCAGCUGGGGAUUUGCUUCGCUUGCUUCAAGGCUGCCUUCCUGGAGCUCAGAGACUCGCUGGAGUCGGAAGACUGGGAGGAGGGAGACUGGGACCCUGAGCCCACGGACCCCCGCCGGGCGGGGCCUGAGCAGGGCCGGGGCCCGGGGGUGGGGCUGAGCUGGGGGCAGGGCCAGGGUCGCCCCGCCCAGGAGGGGGUCUGUGGAGUGGGGGGCGGCCCCCCCCACCCCCCACCCCCCACCCCGGGGUCGGAGGAGGAGCGCCCGGACCACCACUUCGCGCCCACCGAGCUGGAGCCUCAGGACGCAGCACCCCGGGGCCAGGGCCCUGAGGACGCUGGCUGGACCCAGAGCCUCCCCUGGAGGCUCGGGGGGCCCCCCCGCCUGCGCACACUGGCCGAGGCCCCCUCCUCCGUGGCAGGGGCUUCUCAGAGUGGACCUGCCCCCGGGGGAGCCCACGGUGUUGGAGCGGGGCACCACGCGGGCCGUGGACCCCGCCGAGGCCGAGGCCGUGGACCCCGCCGAGGCCCAGGCCGAGGCCGAGGCCGAGGCCUGGGUAAGGGACCCGCAGCGCCUCUCCGUGGCGGGCUGCUGCGAUGCCGUCUACCUCCGGAAGACGACGACGACGACGCCGGGGUGGGUCCUGCGGAAAGUCCUGGAAAGUGCUGGAAAGUGCUGCUGGAGCCCGAUGAGGUGUGGGCGGUGGGACCCCAAGACGCACCCCAGAAGCAGGACCUGCACCGGUGGAAGCUGCGCGUUCUGGAGUCCUCUCCUCCGGGGCGGGACGAGGAGCUGGUCCCUGCGGACACAGCCCUGCUGAAGAGGGGCCUCGCCAUCCUCUCUUCUUCCCCCGGGGCCGGGGCGGGGGCGGGGGAGGGGGGGACGCCCCCCCCCACCCUCCCCGCAUCACCCGGGCCCCCGGCCUCCUCCUCCCAUGGGUGGGAUCCCGGCACCACCGAGCCCGAGCCCGGGAGCAGCGGGCCCAGUGGGGGGAGCCUGGCUGCCGUGGGAGCCUCGGCCCUGGGGGAGCUGGCCCGCUUCCAGCCCUUCGGCCGAGGGCCCCAGAACGGAGGGCCCGAGGCCCAAGUGGCCACCGUCGUCCUGGCUGCCCCCUCCCCACGACAGCCAGGGGAGCCACCGGCCAAGAAUAGGGGGGCCGGUGCCUGGGGACGAAGAAUGGGGAGCUGCGUCGGGACUGAGGAUCGGGACCGUCUCUGCCUCCGUGGAAGGGACCCUUUUAAAAGCCUGUAAGCGGGAGAGAGGUUCUCCUCCGCCAAAUGCCACGGAGCCGGAGCCUGGAACGCGACGCCCUGGGCGACGCGCUUCGCGAACGGUUGCUGCCGCGCCGCUUGUGAAGUGGGGUGCAGGGUGAGCGUCUGGACCCCGGCCCCGCCCUUGGCCACACGCAGGGGUGUGUGGAGUGGGACACGCGCGCCCCGGAGCAUGCGGAGGUGGGGGCGACGGGGAUGUGUGCUUGCCUCCGCCGGGACGGUCUCUGGGGCUCCAGGAGACCCUGUCGCGGCAGUGGGGACGCUGGUGUGCGCUGGGAGAGGCCUGGUUUCGGAUGUUGGCUAUUCUUUGCAGUUUGACCGUUUAGUACCCAUUUCUUUGCGUGUCGUUUGUUAACUAAAUAAAGUCAGAAGAGUUUUGCAUCAAGCCGUGGGCUGAGUCAUCUUUCAGUUAGUCCUUGUUGAUUGGCUUUGUCAUCUCAGUGCUUUGGAUGAGUCCUUGGCAGGUUUCGAUCUCCCAGAGUAGGAGACAGAAGUGGGACAGCACAGGGCAGGUGAGUCAAGUUCGGCUCCUGGUAAAAGAGUUUGGUUCCCUGGUGCUUCUCACGUUAUUUAUAAACAAACACAUGCACACUGGAAAUAAAGGGCCGUGUUUGAACAAUAAUGGCUGUGGCAGGGGCAGGGACCAGCCUCCCAGGGUGCUGCUCCUUCUCAGGAGUAGGGUGCUCUAGCAGACACAGGGCGCCGUGGGCAGAGAAGAUGCUGUGAAGCAGUCGGUUCUCCUUGGAAAUGACUGAUCUGGAGGUUUCUGAAGCCCUCUGUUGGUGUCUCUGGGUGACACAGCCUUCCCAUGAUUCAAGGGUGGGCUGUAUCUCUUUCAGUGACAGACACAGGUCCACUCCGGAGGGUUUUACUGUGAAUUAGGGUUACCCCUAGCAACUUUGAGGGCAGUCUCCCUCCUGUGUGUGCAGAAGCCAGGCUCCCGGUUAAAUCAUGAAGGCCUCUGAUGCUAAUUAAGUGGUGACAAAGCAAUCAUGCAGCACGAGUUUGCAACCCUGCACUUCAACAGCCCUGAUAAUUCUACAAGAGUUUAGUGAGUUGGAGUCCGUUGGGACACGUGCCUGGCUCCUCUCCCAAACAAACCCAGCCUGGUCUUGCCUUCGUCCCCUCUCCAUCCCUCCAGGUUAAACAGUCCAUUCAUCCAUUAUUCCAGCCAACCCUUGUUUGGGGCAGCCUCUUUUUGUUUUUCCUCAAUGACCAGGCUUCUUGGCAGUACUGGGGGUGCUGGUCAGGGCCAGGCAGUCCUCCGGCAGCGCCCAGGCGAGAGCUCCCCUCCAUACCAGACU